AUGUCGCCUUCGGCUCACUUCAUCCUCGCCCUUGUGGCUGCCUUCCUCGUCCCUGUCAUGGCCUCGUUGCAUUGGGAAAUCGCCUUCUACACCGGCGAGAACUGCGACGCCGACACGUCCUACAACUACACGAGAUACUGGGGCGAACGCACCUACUGGUGUCGCAUCGCAGGCAACGCGGGUGACAACUGCGAAUGGCACACGAACAACGGCGCCACAGAUGUCGAAGGCUGCACGUCGCCCAUACAACCUCAGCCCAAGUCCUUCCGCUACGGCAAGCGCACGCUAUGCAAUGUCGGUGAUUACCUCCCAGUCACGGGCAGCACGGCUGAUGACGCGCUUGCCUGCUCGGACCAUAACCAGUUAUUCGGCAAGGGCACCGAAGAGACUUGCAUCAAACUUGGCGACUGGCAUCUCGAGGGCGAGUUUGUGUCGUUUGUGUGCAUAGACCCUUGCAACAUGUGGGUGGGCGAGAAGCCUCCCGAGUGUCGAGAGACCUCGUGCGUCUUUGAAUGA